AGGGAUUAGGUUGUCGGCGACAAAUGGUCAGUGGUCUGAGUUGCAUGCAAUCAACCAACUUAAUUACUUGUAUAUAAGGUCCCUGAUCACAGCAUGCGUUAGUUGGGAUGUCACGAAGUCGUCCUAGUUAGUAAAUUGUGUGACAAGUCUCGAUCUCUCUUUCACACACAACACAACACAACACGGGUCAGCCGCUUCCAUUGGGCAGAGCUACAGAGGUGACCCAAGCAAAACACAGAGGCCAGACGACGCUCAUAGAAGCGAAGAAAACAUGCAGUCCCUGAGUGUAGUCACGAUUCUGCUGUUUGUGGGAGGGAGCUUUGGAGCCACCUCUCUGUCACAGGAUCAGAUCAACACGAUCUUACAGGCCCACAACAACUACAGGUCAGCCGUCAGCCCCACAGCUGCCAACAUGGAGUACAUGGAGUGGGACGAUAGUCUGGCGACCAUAGCUCAGAGCUGGGCGGACGGCUGUGACUUCGCACACAACCCCAGUCCCGAGGCCACUUACUCCGGGUCGUCGGUAGGGGAGAACAUCUACGCCGGCACGGGGAGCUACAAUGCUGGCAAGGAAACUGAGAAUUGGAACAGUGAAGUGUCUGACUACACCUACAGCAGCAACUCGUGUGCAUCUGGCCGGGUCUGCGGACAUUACACACAAGUUGUGUGGGCCUCCAGUAACAAGCUCGGGUGUGGCAUGAAGCUCUGCUCUACUCUGGCUACCGUCAACUGGAACAACGCCAAUCUGGUGGUCUGCAACUACGCUCCAGCGGGUAACUUCAGAGGACAGAAGCCCUACGUUAGUGGCACAUCCUGCACCCAGUGUGCGAACGGCAACGACAACUGUUCCGACAACCUGUGUGGUUCUCCCAGUGCCACUGGUGCCACCGGUUCUCCCAGUGGCAACGGAGGUGGUUCGUCCAAUACUACAUCCACCCCCAACCAGGGCGGAGGAGAUAACGGUGCUGCCCGCCACGCGAGCAUGCUGUCGCUAGGUGGCGUGGUUGUGACGCUUCUCAUACUCAACAUGAUGCAGGGAUGAGACUCAUCAUCAUCAUCAUCAUCAUCAUCAUCGGUCGGCUGUAGAGCAGUCGAUCACAUACACGAUGAGACUAACAUGGCAUUUUAACAUGUGGCCGUAAAAUUAACGGUUCCAAUAGAAUACAUUCUCUUUGCAACGCUUUAUACAUGUACUAUAUACUAUAGCACGCGCACGCAGAGACAAUCAAGAAAAUAUUUGAAUAUACAUGUAUGUAUAUCAUUAGUAUCACAAAAAAUAUCAUAGUUUGUAUACAUACUAGAAGAUGUAGGAAUAUCAUAUCUUACAUAGAUAUUGUUGAGAAAUAGUUGUUAUACAUAUUAUUUGAUUAUCACAAUUUAGCAGCAAUAUAUGUAUACAGCAUGCAUGUAUAUGAGCAAGGCUACAACUCAUUAGGCACGUUCUUUUUCAAAUGGUGUUUUUCAUUUUUUAUUACUUCGUCAUUGGUGUUUGUUUAUAGAAAGGGUAAAACGCGCAGAUAUUUGGAUUAGGAUAUGUUAAGUUACACAGUAAAGAUAUCAUUAAACUGUCUUUAACAAAGACUUGAGCUGUGGUGAACAGCUCUAAAAUAUCUGAAGUCAGCAAAUUUACUUUUCUAUCUACUUCAUCGUUCAAUGUAAUGUAAAGUAAUCAGGCUGUUCAAAGUGAUGUUUAUGCUUUGAACCUAUCGAAUACAGUUACAUGUAUACCAGCUAGUAAUAUGGCUAUUACACGAUUGCCGUGUUACAUCUUAAUCGAAACAGUUUACAUUCUAACAUUACAAAUCUUUUC